CUCCUCACCCGCAUUCAAUCAGGCCUAUCCUACACGCGUAUCCAACACUCCCUCAACCUCCCCAUAACCCAAACAACCCGCUUCUCCCUCUCUCCCUUAUCCCCCUCCCACCUCCCUGCCCUCCGCCUGCUCCGCAAACACGCCACUCGCAUCUCGUCCUCCCCAACCCACGAAGUCUACGAACUAGGCAUUCCACGCCCGGACUGGGUGCAAGAAGGCGCGAUAGCGGGUGUGCACGAUGCGCAGUGGUGGAUGGGGAAGAGUCGGGCGGAGAUUAAGGCGGGGCCAUGGGCGGAUGAGGGGGAUGUGAAAGUUGCG